GAAGCACAUCUGGACAGCUGUGCUGAGGGGCUGUGCGGCCCCCUCGCGGGCCGACGUCAGCCGAGCACGUCCCCCACGUCCGUUCCUUCUCGCCACUUAUUAUUUAUUCGUUCUCCCAGAGAAGCAACCAGGGACCCAGAAGUUUAAAACUUUUUCCCCCUAAUGCGAGACGUGGCCAGAUCCCAUCCAACACACAGUUUAAUGUUCAUGGGGCUCUGGAUCAAAAGCUCAGAAACAGCAACAACAAAAUCCCAGCUGCUGUCUGAUUUUAAACUGGCAAACUGGGAAAAAUAAAGAGUAAACAGACCAAGUUGGAUCAUGGGGAAUUUUAGAGGUCAUGCUCUCCCUGGAACCUUCUUUUUUAUUAUGGGUCUUUGGUGGUGUACAAAGAGUAUUCUGAAGUAUGUCUGCAGAAAGCAAAAGCGAACCUGCUACCUUGGUUCCAAAGCAUUAUUCCAUCGAUUAGAAAUUUUGGAAGGAAUUACACUGGUUGGCAUGGCUUUAACUGGCAUGGCUGGGGAGCAGUUUAUUCCUGGAGGGCCCCAUCUGAGGUUAUAUGACUAUAAACAGGGCCAGUGGAACCAACUCCUGGGCUGGCAUCAUUUCACCAUGUAUUUCUUCUUUGGGCUGAUGGGUGUGGCACACAUCUUAUGUUUCACCUUCAGUUCACUUCCUUUCUGCUUAAUCAAGUUAAUGUUGUCAAAUGCCUUAUUUGUGGAGGCUUUUAUCUUCUACAACCACACUCAUGGCCGGGAAAUGCUGGACAUCUUUGUGCACCAGCUGCUGGUUUUGGUCGUCUUUCUGGCAGGCCUCAUUGCCUUCCUAGAGUUCCUUGUCAGGAACAAUGUACUUCUGGAGCUACUGCGGUCAAGCCUCAUCCUGCUUCAAGGGAGCUGGUUCUUUCAGAUUGGAUUUGUCCUGUAUCCCCCUGAUGGAAGUCCUGCAUGGGAUCUGAUGGAUCAUGAAAAUAUUAUGUUUCUCACCAUAUGCUUUUGCUGGCAUUACGCAGUAGCUCUUGUCAUCGUUGGAGUGAAUUACGCUUUCGUCACCUGGUUGGUUAAAUCUAGACUCAAGAGGCUCUGCACCUCAGAAAUUGGACUUCUGAAAAGUGUUGAACGAGAACAAGAAUCAGAAGAAGAAAUGUGACUUCGAUGGGCUUCCAGUUUUUCUAUAUAAAUCUUUUUUUUUUUUUUUUUUUUGCAUUGUUUUUGUUCUUGGUUUUGUUUCUUGAUCUUUUGCUGGAGAAUAGCUGGCUAAGGAUGACUCUCAGUGUACUGUUUGCAUUUCCAAUUUUGUUAAAGUAUUUGAAUUUAAAUAUUUUAUUUUUAGCUUUGAAAAUAUUUUGGGUGAUAAUUUCAUUUUGCACAUCAUGCGCGUCGUGGUAUUCAGGGGCUGAUUUUUUCCAGAUUAGCUAAAGUUUGAUGCCCACACUAUGAAAAAGAAAUUUGUUUUAUUUGCCUUAUAGAGAUGCUCAAGGUUACUGGGCUUGCUACUAUUUGUAACUCCUUGACCAUGGAAUUACACUUGUUUAUCUUGUUGUUGCAAUGAGAAAUAAAUGAAUGUAUGCCUUUUGGUGAAGA